UGGAAGCGUUCUUUGUCACCGUGGUAACAGCAAUACUAAUGUAAACAAAAGUGAAGUAAGUGGUGGGAAGGCAGCUUGUUCUACUACACACUGGUCCAGUCCUCGCAGUCACAGGCUUAGUUACAGGUAGUGGUGUCUGUAAGGCAAUGCUGUCACUCCCUAUACACAUACCCACUGACUCCACAUAUGCAGAUCCUGGGUCCCAGUGCACAACUCCAAAGACAGCCAGCACUCUGCCCGAACCAGAGGAGUCGGAUGGGAGCAUACUAAACUACACGGAUCGCACAUGUGAAGUACCAGGAGAUUAUGCCCGUCAGCCGGUGAAUCAAUCAUUUCCAGUGGAUAAACUAUCCAGGGCUCAGAUGAUGGCACAACACUUCAUCAAAGACAAUGAGUUGCUGAGAGCGCACAAGGAGCUCAUCCGGUGUGUGGCGCUCAGCAGAAUUGUGCAUGGAGACGGCCACUGGAGACUCGCCAAAGCUUUUGUCGAACUUGCUAACAGUUAUCUCACUGUCAGGGAGCUACCAGUCCAGGCCAGACAGCAUGCCGAAUCGGCCAAAAAUAUCCUGCUCCGAGGGGUUGCUACGUCCAAAUCUGUGGAAGAAAAAAGAGAAAUCUUAAGCACGCUGGUGACUAUUUACUAUACAUUGGGCAUGGCACACCUGCUGCAAAAUAAUGGAAGAGAGUCCUAUGUUAAUUUGCAGAAAGUGGAGAAAAUUGUGGAAGAGCUGGAAGAGCUACAGGAGAAGAAGUCUGUUAUUGGAAAAAUAUCUGAGAAGGACAUUGCACUAGCACUGGGGAGGGCCUGCGUCAUGCAGAACAAGCUGAGCUCAGCUAUGAAUUACUUUCAACAAGCCAUGGAGAUUGUGAUUUCCUCUGAUGGGGACAGUUCUCCUGAUCUGAUCAGUAUUUACCGAGACAUGGCCAGAGCUGAACAGACAAAGAAGAGGUAUGACCAGGCCAUUCACCACUUACUGCAGGCCCAUUCUAUUUGCCAGGCUGUAUAUAAACCUCUCAGUGUAGAGGCCGCUCAGACUGGGCUGCUGUUAGCUAAAGCAUAUGCGGCUCCUGGAAACUCUGAAUAUAGCGAAACUGCAGACAAGUACUUUACACAGAGUCUCAGUGCUUACCAAGUGGUGCUGGGCCCUGACCAUCCGCAAACACUGAACGCUUGUAUGGAAUUUAGCAAAUGGCUAAUACAGAUCGGGAACACACAGGAGGCGUACAAGCUGUUACAUGAAGCAGUGGGCUCGGAGAUGGAGUAUAAUGAGACUGUGGCUGAGAUGUUCAGUAUAAUGGGCAGCAUAUGUUUGGCGGAUGGGAAAAUACAGAAGGGCUACCGGCUGCUGAAAAAGUGUUCGGAUAUUCAGAUAGCCGUGUAUGGGUCUCAGCACAGUAAAAGCAGAGAGACCCAGAACCUGCUGGCUACAUUACAGAAGUCUGGAAUGAGUGGAGAGUGAUCACCAUAUUACACUACUAAUGACCAUCACACUGGGGGCUAGGCUGUAUCAGAGGAUCCUCCCGCACAGGGUACAAAUGCCUACGUACAUCCAACGGGAUCCGGUUUGAAGAUAGACACUGUCUAGGUCAAC